CCUCAACUCCCCAUCCUCGCGCCAUCCUCGCCAUCCAACCUACCUUACUUGACUGCCUCAACAACUCCGUACUGUUUCCGUCAUUAUUUCAUUUCCUUGUCGCUUCUCAAAGCUCCUCUCGCAAUGGCCAGUGAAGCAUCGGUGCCGGCAGACACUCAACUGCCCGAGGCUCCAUUGGCAGACCAUGACGCUUCACGCAGCGCGCCGAAACCGCCAGCAUCAAAGCACUCAUGGAGGAGAAAAUAUCGCAAGAUGCGCGCCAAAUUCGAGGAUACAAUGAACACCAGCAACACGCUUAUCAAAGAUGAACACAGAGCUCGGGCAACAGCGCGCCGAUUGCAGGAGCAGAACGACCAAAUUCUAGAUCUACUACUGGAUAUGAACGAGAAUGCGCGGUUGCCAGCCAACCUCCGCUUCGACCUCCGCGAGCUCUCCGACGUCGAUUCCAUCAUACCUACGCUGGAACCAGAUCCUGAGGCCAUCCACCAGAAGCUGCAGGAGUAUAGAAGCCAGCUGGUCGACGGCACCAUUACGUCUGAAGAGUUCGCACGUAGAUCAGAUCAACUGCACAGCUCACAGUCCAUAAUCACAAACCGAACGCUCCCCGGCUUCGAGGCCAAGGUUCCACAUACCACUGAAAUUCCAGAUCCCGUACCCGACGGCCUUAUGGUAGAUGAACAAGCACCCGGUUAUAUGUCUCCUGCGCACGAAGAAGAGUAUCUUCUUGCUUUAGAUCUUGCUUUGGCCGAGCCGAGCUUCGAGCAGAAUGUGAAUGACGGCCGCCCGAUCCGUAUUACAACGGUCCGGUCUGUACCCUCCGAAAAAGACCUUUCCAUACAAAAUCCAGACAGUGUCUACAAUUGGCUUAGGAAGCAUCAACCCCAAGUGUUCUUACAGGACAAGGACCCCCAACCACCGGAAAGCAUAUCAGAAAAGUCAUCGGCCCGGCCUGCAAAUGUGUCUUCGCGGGGUAAGCGUCUAUCUACUGGUCCUAAAGUAGACCCGGACGCGAUGGAUGAAGAUGUUCCCUACGUACCAGAGAUAGUCACGCCUGUAACUAAGACCAGGAAAGCGCCUAAGGAAAAGGAAGACGACGGUGCAUACAGGCCAAAAGGAGGAAGCAGUAGGGCAACGAAAAGGAAGAGAGAAGAAGGAGAUCCUGCUACUAAGGGUAGUAGGAAGAAAGGCAGAGCGAGUGGUGGGACCGCUGCCAGCUCCUGAUUUGAUCGGUAGGAUAUUGGUGUACUGGCGUUUACAUUUGGACAUGGGGCGGAACACUCCGAAAAUCUUUGGGAACACAAGCAAGGCUCGCAAAACAUUUGUCGAUUUCAUCUUAUAUUCGAUACGGGCGUCGAUUUUCGAGCCUUUGGCGACUUUGUAUUAGUAUGUUGCAUUGGAUGAUUCGGGCGCAUUGGGCUAGAUACCCCAACACAUCAUUUCUUUGAAGCCUCUUCUCCGGUCCCCUCUCUUUGCUUGCCGUUUAUCCUUCACAUAUUCCAUGGCU